AUGCCUUCUUCCGUCAACGCGCCUCCGGCCGUCUUUCAAGGGGCAAGGCCCGCGGUGAGCAAGCCAUCACCGGCGCUGCCAGAUAUCAUUGAUAUUCGUGGUGAGCAUGUUGAGAUCAACUUGAAGGAUCAGAUCAUCUCCCAGUUCAACCCUGAAGAUGGGCCCCGCAAGCUUCCCACGCUCCUCUUAUACAACGAGAAGGGACUACAGAUCUUUGAGGAUAUCACGUAUCUGGAUGAGUAUUACUUGACCAACUAUGAGAUUGAGGUGUUGAAGCGGUCGUCCACCGAGAUUGCGAGGCAGAUCCCUGAGGGCUCCAUGGUGAUCGAGCUAGGAAGCGGGAACCUACGCAAGGUUUGUUUGCUUCUGCAAGCAUUCGAGGACCUCGCAAAGCCCAUUCAGUACUUUGCAUUGGAUCUUUCUCGCAAAGAGCUCGAGCGUACCCUCGCACAAGUGCCCGACUUCAAGUAUGUGUCGUGUCACGGCCUGCUGGGCACAUAUGAUGACGGACGGGAAUGGCUCAAGCAUCCCUCCCUCACCGGGCGCUCCAAGUGUAUUCUUCAUCUGGGAUCCAGUAUCGGCAAUUUCUCCAGAGAUGAAGCAGCAGCCUUCUUGGGAGGGUUUGCGGACGUUCUCCGACCUUCAGAUUCCAUGAUCGUAGGUGUCGAUGCCUGCAAUAACCCAGCCAAGGUCUAUAAGCCAAUCAUGAAUCAACCUCGGCUCUCCAGGACUAACAGAAUACACAGAUUCAUCCUCAACGGCCUUUCCCAUGCCAACGAACUCCUUUCUGAAGAAGCCUUCAAGGUGGAAGAAUGGAGGGUCAUCGGCGAGUACGUGUACGAUGAUGAAGGCGGCCGCCAUCAAGCCUUUGUUGCACCCACUCGCCCGACCGAUGUCCUCGGAUCGAGAGUCAUGCCACAUGAGCGAAUUGAGAUUGAGCAGAGCCUGAAGUAUUCAGACGAGGAAACAAUGACGCUCUGGGCCCAGUCAGGCCUGACCGAGAUGGGUCGUUGGAGUCGGGGAGACGAGUAUGGCCUCCACAUGUUGCAAAAGUCCGCCAUGCCAUUCAGCUUGAUUCCGUCACUCUACGCCGCCGAGCCGCUUCCUGCAGUCCAAGACUGGGAGGCCUUGUGGAAGGCAUGGGAUGUAGUGACCCAAGGGAUGCUUCCUCAUGAGGAGCUCAACGAGAAACCCAUCAAGCUUCGAAACGCAUGCAUCUUUUACCUCGGUCACAUUCCGACCUUCCUUGACAUUCAGUUGACCAAGACUACUGGUCAAGCUCCAACUGAUCCCGCAUACUACUAUUCCAUCUUUGAACGCGGAAUUGACCCCGAUGUGGACAACCCCGAGCUAUGUCAUACGCACUCUGAGAUCCCUGAUGAAUGGCCUCCAGUUGGAGAGAUCAUAGAGUAUCAGGGAAGAGUGCGAUCCCGAGUGAAGGCCCUAUAUAGAGAUGGCGCAAGCAAGAUCCCUAGGCACAUUGCGAGGGCCAUCUGGGUCGGAUUCGAACAUGAGUUGAUGCACAUCGAGACUUUGCUCUACAUGAUGCUACAGAGCGACAAAACACUACCGCCGCCUCAUACGGCACAGCCUAACUUUGAGAAGAUGGCUAAGCAGGCGUACGAGGCGAGAGUGCCGAACCAGUGGUUCAAUGUCCCUGAACAAACCAUCACAUUGGGCAUGGAUGAUCCUGAGGAUUGUACCGAUACUUCUGGUCACUUUGGCUGGGAUAAUGAGAAACCAGCUCGGCAAGCCAAGGUCCACACCUUUCAAGCUCAGGGGCGACCCAUCACUAACGAAGAGUACGCUCAAUAUCUAUACAGCACCAAGACCAACAGCGUGCCAGCAUCGUGGUCUUGGGAUCCAUCCAAGACAGUGAACGGGAGUGCUAAUGGCAGUUAUACCAACGGUCACUCGAACGUCCCAGACUCGUUUCUCGAGGGCAAGUAUGUCCGAACCGUUUAUGGGCUCGUGCCCCUCAAGCACGCUCUAGACUGGCCCGUCUUUGCUUCGUAUGAUGAGCUUUCUGGUUGUGCCUCAUGGAUGGGUGGAAGAAUUCCUACCUUUGAGGAGGCCAAGAGCAUAUAUGCGUACGUCAACAAGCAGAAGAGGGCUGAUGCGGAACGGAUCCUUUCAAAGACGGUGCCAGCAGUUAAUGGUCACCUUGUCAAUGAUGGCGUCGAGGAGACACCACCUUCCCAAUCUUCCGAAUCGGCCAAGGACAGCCCCUCGAAGCUGUUCCUUGACCUGGCCGACGCCAACGUCGGUUUCCGUCACUGGCACCCCAUGCCAGUGACAUCCCAGGGCAACAGGCUUGCCGGUCAGUCUGAGAUGGGCGGUGUGUGGGAGUGGACAAGCUCGAAUCUCAAGCCACACGAGGGCUUCGAGCCUAUGUCGCUAUAUCCCUUGUACACAACCGACUUCUUUGACGGCAAGCACAACAUUGUUCUGGGCGGUUCGUGGGCUACGCACCCGCGCAUUGCGGGACGUGCGAGCUUUGUAAACUGGUAUCAGAGGAACUACCCUUAUGCGUGGGUUGGAGCCAGGCUUGUUCGUGAUAUCUAA